CGACUUUUGUCCUGAAUCUGACAUUAUGAAAUUCUCGUAUCGAUUUGAAAUAUCUUUAAAAAAACAAACCUCUCAGUGCGAACUUGCGAUGAAUAACUCAUAUGUCGACUUCGUUAGUUUGACCUAGAACCGAGACAAAAAAAAUACUGGCUUUGCUCAUGUCUAAUUACAAUACAAAAAAACUCUAUCGUUAGAUACGAACUUCUUAUAGUCCAUAACAAUUCCAAAAAAGUUACUGAUGAAAUAACCAUUGCAGUAGAAUAUUGAUGUCUCUGAUGCAUCGAUACAAUGAUAAUUGACAAACAAAGCAUUAAAAAAUCUUUUAUUUAUGUUCAAGGUACAACUCUUAUAUCAAGCAAAGAAAGUACACGAAAAUAUGCUCCACAAAUUCUUCAUUUUCCAUCUGUUGCUAUUCAGCUUCAAUGAUCAACAUUACCAAUUAUUGAUUGUCAUGAUAUUGAUCCACAUUCAAGUGAAUAUGCAUUUCUUAAAGAAAUUGGUGUACGUGAAGUACCUGAUUUACAAAAAUUAAUUGAUCGAAUUAUUGAAGAACAUAAUGAACAAAAGAAGGAAUCAAACAAAGAAUAUAAAUUACCAAUAGCACUUAAAUUUUUAGCUGAAAAUUUUCAACAACAUUAUUCAAAAUUAUGGAAAGCAGCUAAAAUUAAGCGACCUUUUCUUCCAUCUAUUUCACUAUCGAAAACUACUAUAUUAUCAUUAUCCGAAGAAGUUUUUAAAGAUAAAAGUCCAUUAUGUGCAACAUUAUUGCCUAACGUUGUUCAAUUAUUUGAAGAAAAUUUCAAUAUAUCAUUACUUGGUGUUAAAGAUUGUCCAACAUUAACAACAGCUUUUGAUAUUUUAAUGGAAAAAAAAGAAGAAAUACUCAAUGUAGAAACAGCUCCAAAAAUUUUUGCUUAUAUGAAUGAACUUGAUGGUCUAAGUCGAACAUUAAUUGAACGUGUAUCCAAACUUGCUUUUAUUCCUCUUAAAGGAAAUGACAAUCUUAUGAAACCAUCACAAGUUUUUAUUCAUCCUGAUAAUUCAACAACAACAACAUCAUCAUCAAGAUUAUGA